AGGCUGCCAAUGGACAGCUCCAUCGGCCUUUGCGCGGCGCGGCGCGCGCCGGGAAUUGGAGUUUUUAGAGCCGGUCGGCCAGUCUCCUUCCAAUGGGCGCGUAGCUUAAGAGCCAGAAAACCGCAACAGCCUCGGAAAGAGAAGUCACGCUUUGGCCAAAACAGGGCCAGAAGGGCGCCUGUCUGCACAGCACGCGGAGAGCCAGAGCCUGGGCGAGCCUCGCAGUCGGCCAAAGUGAGCGUCAGUAUACUGCGCCUGCGCAGAGAACCUGCGGCUGGCCGCGGCAGCGUUCGCCUGCGCAGCGGAGAGCGGCGUGCGCUUGCGCAGAAAGUUGAAGCCGCUUCGGCAGCGUUGGGGAGCAUGCAUAAACUUAAAUCAACUCAGAAGGACAAAGUCCGCCAAUUCAUGGCAUGCACCCAGGCUAGCGAGAAAACUGCUAUCUACUGCCUGACACAGAAUGAGUGGAAACUAGACGAGGCUACAGACAGUUUCUUCCAAAACCCAGAGGCGUUCCACCGAGAUUCUAUGAAGAGCACUGUGGACCAGAAGAAGCUGGAGCAGCUAUAUGGCAGGUACAAAGACCCACAGGAUGAAAACAAAAUCGGAGUUGAUGGGAUUCAGCAGUUCUGUGAUGAUUUGAGCCUGGACCCUGCCAGUAUUAGUGUUUUGGUCAUAGCAUGGAAGUUCAGGGCUGCCACUCAGUGUGAAUUUAGCAAAAAGGAGUUUGUGGAUGGCAUGACAGAGCUUGGGUGUGAUAGCACAGAGAAACUAAAAGCUCUUCUUCCUAAGCUGGAGCAAGAGCUUAAGGACUCGGCAAAGUUUAAAGACUUUUACCAGUUUACCUUCACCUUUGCCAAGAACCCUGGGCAGAAGGGUUUAGAUUUAGAAAUGGCUGUUGCAUAUUGGAAGUUAGUAUUGUCUGGAAGGUUUAAAUUUUUAGAUCUUUGGAACACAUUUCUUCUGGAGCAUCACAAAAGAUCAAUUCCAAGGGAUACUUGGAACCUUCUCCUAGAUUUUGGAAACAUGAUUGCAGAUGAUUUGUCUAACUACGAUGAAGAAGGAGCCUGGCCUGUCCUUAUUGAUGACUUUGUAGAAUAUGCACGACCAGUGGUCACAGGUGGGAAGCGUGGCCCUUUCUAAAUGGAAACGACAGAUAGAUGGAGGGUGAAUGAGAUGGAUCCUGAAAGGAGACAACUGGGUUGGUUGCUGUGUGCAUUUGUUGCUGACUUCAGAAGUCUUCCUCGUCCAUUCAUGAAACAAAUCCUUACUCCGCUUAAAGGCUGCCAUGUAGGAACGGAGAAGCUCCUCAGGACGUUAGGGACGGCCGGUCGUCAGAGCUAGUGCUUUAGGGAGAUGCCUGCAUGACUUGUCUUUACAGAAAGCAGCAAGCAUAGCGCCUGUUUGCAGGGCAAAAGCGUGCUGUUCAGUCAGUCCAAGAUGUUCGGGUGCGCACCAGCGGUUUCCAAAGCUGUGGACUCACACGGAUGCUUCAAAAUAGCAUCUGUGUCCUCAGAAUGAUGUGUCUUCUAUACGCGUCCUAGCUGUUACAAAUGUGCCCUGAUGAAGAAGGCCUUGCCAGAGUCUACCGCUGUUAAUCUUGGUAUUCAAGAUUGAUGGUUUUGAAUUAUCGAAUCUCUAGAUUUACUAGAUGUUUGUUCUUGUUUUCUCUAGAAGACAUUGUUGCAGUUUGCACAGGGAUGGAACAGGAUGUAAUCCAGCAGGUUCAUUUCAAACUGUUUACAAGCUGGUGGGCCUGAUUUACUUCUAAUGCGGUUAUUAUUAUUAGGCCUAGAUGCUGCCUCCUGAGAAGUUUCUUAUUUUUUUAAUAUAUUUUAUUAUAUUUAAAAGGACAUUUUUCCAUGAGAAAUACUUCUUUUUGAGUGAUGAAUUAGAUUUACAAAUCCAAUGCACUGGUUCCCUUCACCUGUCUACAAUGUCUUCAGUGCCCAGUGUCCAGCCCUUGGAUAGCCAUAUGCAUUUGGAAGCAGAAUCAUGUCAUCCAAAAGCCUCCAUCUCAUUUGUCUGCACCAUGGGACUGCACCAUGUCACUGUGCCGUGUCACCAUCUGCUUUUCUGGUGUUUCUCUGAUCAAGAUCCACUCUUGCACACAGGCAUGGAGGGCCUGGAUACUGUCUGCUCAUCUGAUGUCAAGCUUUGAACAUCACUGUGCUGAGCCUACCUCACACUUGCCAAGACCUGGUGUCACAAGCGUGCCUUGCUGCCCGGACUACAACGUGGCCACGGAGCAGAUAUGCUGGGCCCACUUCAGGACGGGGGACUGGUCAAAUGCCCAUACUCAGAAAGCCUGUCCCAGAUGUGCUGUUGGGGCAACUUCUGGUAAUGGGACAUGCCCCUGACUUAGGAAACAGUCUGAGGCUUGUGUGCCCUACAAUGAGAGGGACUUUGAUGUUGAACAGGGAUCUCACAGAGGAGGUGGAGGAUUGGAACAGGAGGUCAGUCUCCACAAAGCCAACCCUCACUGUGAGAUGACAUCACUAAGGACCUGUCAACGCAAGUCAGUGAAAGGGAAAACUGGAACAUCUUUGGGAGUGUACGUAACCAAACUGACUGAAUGAAGACCUGGAAAACAAAGCGUCCUUCCAGGCUUUGUGGGUCCCUGACAUGCAGUUAACCUCUGUUCAGAGAAAUUUUUAUAGAUAGAGAUAACUAAAUUUUGAAGGCUUACAAUAUGCUUUUAUUUUUAAGAUUUAAAAUUCUUCAGAAAGAUCAGUGAUAUGAUUGAGCAGGUUAAGGCAUUUGCUGCCCAGCCUGACAACCUGAGUUCAAUCCCUGGGAACCACAUGGUGGAAGGAGAGAACUGACUCCCACAGGUUGUCCUCUGACCUCCACACAUGUGCCAUGAAAUGCAUGUAUUCCCCCUGCACACACAUGUACUUACACAAUAAACUAAACAAAUAAAUGUAACUUUAAAAUUUUAAAUUCUAUGGGAUUGUUAAUAGGCUAUGAAGUACUAGAAAUUGAUAAGGCUUUUCAGAGAAUUGUGCUUUCCGUUCUAUUUACACUUGAACUGUGCAUGUUACAGAAAUGCUGAAAACUUCAGAAAUAGUAAAUAAAGUAUUUUCCCUGGU